AUGGGACAAAAAAUUAGGUUACCGUUAUUUAUUAAAGGUAGAAAGUUAAUCCAUUUAAGUUGGAUAUAUUGUUUUUAUAUUUGUAUGAGCAGUGUUAGCGAAUCUUUGGAUGAAAGUUACAAUGAUUGUAGAAAAUUAUAUAAAAGAAAUUUUCGUUUACUCUCAAAAUAUAAGAAGAAUAAGGAUUCAAGUAUUGUAUAUUUAAAUGAUGUGUCACGCAAUGAAGUAUACGAUAAGAAUGACAUACAUAAAAAUGAAAACAUGAAUACAGAAAAAAGAAAACAAACGAACAGUAGUUCGUCAAAGAUUGAAGGAUACAAUAAAUCAUAUAUGAAAAAAAAAUCUUGUGUUUUUGAAACCAAAAAAUAUUCUCGUUUAGAAAAAAAAAUAUUCACAGAAUUAAAUUACAUAGAUUUUCUUAAAAAUAACAGAACUAUUAGCGAUAAAGUUUACAAGAAAAUAGUACGUAAAAAAAUUGCAUUACGAAUUUCAUUACCAUUAUUACUGUUGGUAUUUCUGUCGAUAUCUAUCUUAUUAGAUGAAUUAUUGGGUCGCGGACUUGUUAAAGGAUUAUUUGAAGUUGUAAAUAUAUGUGCGGAUGGAACAUGGAUACAAUCUUUUCAAACAAUUUUGAAAAGUCCUACAUUUUCUUGGUUGUUUAAUGUUCCAACCGGAGUAAAAAAGUAUGCUUACAUAACGAGAUUCUUUGCUGUUCUAAUAUAUUUCACAUCCUUUUUUAUAUUAGGAAUAACAAUUAUAUUAGGGAUUCUUUAUUACCAUAAAAAAGUUAAAAAAUAUGAAAAAAUUAAAUUCAGAAAAAGGUAA